AUGGCUACUGUCGACGAACUUAUAGAAUACAAGAAGACAGUGGACGAGGCAGAGGAUAAGCUGAACAAGGCAAAGAGCGCAUUAAAGAAGUUUUAUAACGGGGGGAAUGGGGACUUGCUGAAGGAGUUGAACAGCAAGAUUCUGACAGGCAUGCUUGACGUUGAUGAGAAGGAAAAAAGGGAGAUGCUGGUAAAGUUAGAGAGUGUCCUGCAGCGGACCGCGAUAAUGCGUUUGGAAGUGUGGCAGGGCAAGUGUGGAGUCUUUCAAGAGAUAAGAGUUUUGCAAGGUAAUUUAUUCAGAAGAGAGGAGUGUGUUAAAGCAGCAGGAGGUUUACUGACUGGCAGAAAAAAUUUUUGGGAGAUGCAUUACUAG